AUGAGUAGAGCUGAUCAAGACAUCGUCAGAGAGGGACAGCAAAGCCCCCGCCUUGCGCGGACCCGGUCUGGGCGGACGCGAUCCAAUCUAGAGGAUGUAGCGGAAGAAUUUACCGCUGGCAACGAACCUCCCCCACCACCUCAAACACGAGGUCGGAGGCGGGCCUCUCAAACGCAGGUCCCGCCAAACCAAGAUUCCCGGAGAGCCCCCUCAAGACAAGCUUCACAAAGAGAAGCCACUCCAAGGCAAGAUCCACAGCGGCAACCCCCGCGAAGGCAAAAUACCAAUGGAAAUAGCGCAGAGUCUGGGGAUGCCAACGAACAGGAGAUCCCGAUUGGCUUACAGACAAGUGAUGUCGAUAUGGAUCGACCAACAACAGAAGCUUCCUCUGAUACACGCGAUCCAAGUCCUCAGCCAGACUCUCGUCCGGGACCAUCGGGUUCAGGCGGGCGGCCCGCCCGGCCCAGUGAAUCGAUCCCACGCGAUCGCGGCCGCCAGCGUGACAGGCAAACCGCCGCGGAUGACAACCGAAGUCGUCGCAGGGGAAAUGCUGCCAGCGAUCCAAACCCACAGGGUCUCCACAGUGGGACAGACACGGAGCAUUAUGAUGAAGGCGAUGGUGUCCCGACAUUUGCUUCAGAAGGAGAAUUUGAAAGCGACAAUGGAGAAAGCGACGAUGGCGAGCCGACAUACGGGACUCUGGCUUUGGACGGCCAAUUGCAGGAACGAAACGGGCGUCAGUACUUUAAAAUUAUUCAUCCAGACACCGGCUACAGGGAAACGGCAAGAAUUGAAGGAAAGGCCCCUAGCAAAAAUAUUGUUAUUUUCUCCACUCGUCCCCUAGAAGGUUACGGUUCUCGUCCUGCUUAUGCUCGAAGGAUGGCGGACGUAGGCCUAUCAGGUGUGGCCAUUGAUGAAAUCCAGCCGAUGAAAAAGGCUGAGUUUGUCGAAUUUCGAAGAGACGGACGUCUUGGCAUCCUUCUCGUGGCAUCUCUGUUGCCUGUGCCUGAGCCUCUCCAGCAACAUCCUAUGACGUGGAUCAAGCUACAGUCGGGAGACGACACAAAGUGGAUAGCAAGAAGCACUUUUGUGGGUGGCUACAAAGAGGGCCAAGCUUUCAUUAACAGGCACUACACCGCCACUGGUCAAAAUCCUCCGCCUCAACCACUCCCUGCAACGGAACGGCGGCUACUGCAGGCAGAGGGUCAGCAACUGCGGCGUAAUCCACCGCGUGCGGCACAACCAGAGCGGCCACCAUCACCACCAGCCGGCUCAUCCAGGCAAAACACACCACCCGUAGUUCGACGCACCCCAAGACGCACAGCACGGGACAGUAGAACAAGCCAAGAACCCUCCACCAAUGCACAGCGAGGCAACGGGUCGAGCCAGCAGCCAUCAUCUCCUCGCAGUCCGUCGCCAAACCGCCAACGAUCUACCAACCAGGGUCGUGAGGAAGCUCGUCAACAGCCAAACACGCGCCGACGUCCAAGCACUAGCCAACAAUCAGGCACAUUUCCUGAAGAGGUACGAGUCUGA